AUGGAGAAGCUGACGGUUAUUAAGGUGGAAGUGGAAACUCUCCUCAAGCAACCCCGGGAGAAGAUGUACACUUGCACGAUCUGCGGGGACAGCUUUAAUCACAAGGGCAUCCUAGCCACGCACCAGAAGACCCACAAGCAGGAGAUGCUGGUUGAGAACCAGGAGCAGGAGGGAAGUGCCGUCACAGCAGGAAAGCAAACAAGCCAGCAAGCCAGCAGAAGGGCAGAGGAGGCCAGCCACGAAGGCGUGAACCAGCAGGGAGAUCUCUCGGCGCAGAAGGAAUCCUUGCAGAAAGCAAAGCCCUACUCUUGCACCGACUGUGAGAAGAGCUUCAAGAUGAAGGUGGACCUCACCAAGCACCUCAGGACCCACACAGGGGAGAGGCCUUUCCCGUGCAUGGAGUGCGGGAAGAGGUUCAUCACCAAGUCGCAGCUGAAGGAGCACCAGAGGAUCCACACCGGGGAGCGACCUUACCAGUGCUCCGAGUGUGGGAAAUGCUUCAAGCAGAAGUCACAGCUCAUUGUUCACCGGAGGAUCCACACUGGCGAGAAGCCCUACAAGUGCGGCAGCUGCCAGAAGAGCUUUGUGGACAAGUCACAGCUGGUCGCCCACCACCGUAUCCACACAGGUGACCGCCCCUUCAAGUGCGGGUUGUGCGCCAGGGGUUUCCGCCAGAAGAUCACCCUCAUUAAACACCAGAGGGUCCACACCGGGGAGGGGAUAUUCCGAUGCAGCACGUGUGGAAAGGAGUUCAAGAAGAAGUCGAUCCUGGUGACCCACCAGAGGAUCCACACCGGGGAGGAACCGUACCAUUGCGCCGAGUGCGGGAAGCGCUUCCGGCAGAAGAUCCACCUGAUCCGCCAUCAGAGGACCCACACCAGGGGGGAGGCCCACGUCUGUGUCGAGUGCGGGGACAGCUUCAGCAGCAAGGGGCAGCUGCUGAGGCACCAGCGGUGCCAGCACCAGAGCGAGGGACCCCACACGUGUCCCGAGUGUGGGAGAAGCUUUAGCCAGAAGGUAGGCCUCAUGGCGCACCAGAGAGUCCAUGAGAGGGAGAAGGGAGAUGGGAGCGUGGCCGCCACUGAGGGGAGCCCUGGUGAGGCGGCAGAUGGGAGGCUGCCUGCCAAAAACGGCAAAGGCAGCAGCCAUCCGGGGGACCUGAUGGCGCCUCGUAAGAGCCAGAUCUAUACCUGCACCCAGUGUGGCAAGAUGUUCACCAAGAAAGGGAACUUUGCCAACCACCAGCGGGCUCACACGGAGGAACGGGCGCACCGGUGUGGCGUCUGCGGCAAGAAGUUCACCAAGAGGGGGGAGCUGACCAAGCACGAGCGGAUCCACACGGGCGAGAGGCCGUACGUCUGCGGCGACUGCGGCAAGCGCUUCACCCAGCGCACCCAGCUGGUCACCCACCAGCGCAUCCACACUGGCGAGAAGCCCUACCCCUGCGCCGACUGCGGCAAGCGCUUCAUCGACAAGUCCCGGCUGACGGUGCACCGGCGUAUCCACACCGGCGACCGGCCCUUCCAGUGCGCUGCCUGCGGCAAGGGCUUCCGCCAGAAGAUUGCCCUCAUCAAGCACCACCGAGUCCACGAGAGGGGCCGUCCGGAUGGGGAGGUCUCGGGGGGGAAGGAGCACAAAUGCCCCCAGUGCGGCAAAGGCUUUGGCACCAAGGAGAACCUGGCCAGCCACCAGCGGCUCCACGCCACCGAGAGGCCCUUCAAGUGCGGCGAGUGUGGGAAGAGCUUCACUCAGAAAGCCCAGCUGGUGGUGCACCAGCGCAUCCACACCGGGGAGCGCCCCUUCCGCUGCACCGACUGCCACAAGGGCUUCAUCGACAAGUCCCGGCUCAUCGUCCACCGCCGGAUCCACACCGGUGAGCGGCCCUUCAAGUGCACGGCCUGCGGGAGGGCCUUCACCCAGAAAAUCGCCCUGACCACCCACCAGAGAGUCCACAUGAGGGAGCACGAGGCCGCCCAGGAGCCCAACAAAUACUCCAAGCGCGGGGAGAACGACGCGGGCAAGGCCGAGCCAGGCGAGGAGUGGCCCUUCCCCUGCAAUGUGUGCGGCCGGGGCUUCCACAAGGAGAUAGCCCUCAUCACCCACCAGCGGGUCCACACCAAGUAUGAACCCAACAGGUGCAGCAAGUGCGGCCAGGUCUUCCCUGACAAGGCCCAGCUGCUCCUGCAUCAGCCCUCCCACGCGGAGGACCGGCCCUUUAAAUGCAACAUCUGCGGAAAAGAUUUCAAGCGGAAAGAGAUCCUGAUCACCCACCAGAGAAUCCACACGGGAGAGGUGCCUUUCAAAUGCACCGAGUGCGGGAAAAGCUUCUCCCAGAAAGCCAACCUCAUGAAACACCAGCUCACCCACACCCGGAGGGGCCCCUUCAUCUGCUCUGAGUGUGGGCAGAGCUACACCACCUUGGGGCAUUUUAAAAGGCACCAGAGGAACCAUCUGAGAAAGCGGGAGGGGAAAGACUUGACAGAGGAGCAGGAUGCAGACGGGCUGCCGGAGACGGGCGUGCACAACGGGCCCAUCAUCGUGGUCAAGACAGAAGUCAAUACAGACGACUAUGAGGUCCUGCAGGUCCCAUGA